AUGGCAGAGAUAGAGGCGAUUGGAGUUACAAGACUUAAAAAAGAACUAUCCGAUAUUCAAGAGAUAAAAUUCAAACUCUAUAAAUUAGAGGAUGCUGGAAGAAGCAGUCCGAAUAAGUGGUUGGUAUCACUGCUACCGGAUCGAUGGCCAUACAAUGUCGGUGGUUACAAAGUAGAAAUCGAAUUCCCUAAGGAAUAUCCAUUUAAGCCACCGAAAAUCAAAUUCCUUACCAAGAUUUACCAUCCUAAUGUUAGCGAAACAGGAGAGGUAUCGUUGGCUAUGGCACUCAAUGAGAACUGGAAACCAUCCGUCAAGAUUGAUCAACUGUUAACUGCGCUCGCAGAAUUACUCUGUUCGCCACAACUUGGUUGUGCACUUCGUCCUGAAUUAGCUGAACAAUACAUCAAAGAUGUUGAUGCGUACAAUAGAAAUGCAUCAGAAUUCUGUAAACAUUACGCUGAAAAACAAACUCAAUGUUAA